AUGGCACCUCAUACCCGAACGAUCUGCUUUGAUGCCCGAUUAAUCCGAGGCCUCGUAGGCACUACGAUCACCACAUAUGACCUUGUCUCAGAUGGCGCAUCCCCCGAAUCUACUUCCCUUGCCCUUUCCAGCAAGUCCUCUCGCGAUACGCCCUCCUUCGUCACGCCUUCUGCUCUGGCGGCUUCUCCAGAGACAGCUGCCUCGUUAGGGAUCUCCCGAACGCGGGUCCUUAAGGAGAAACUCUCGGAGAGAGCAGCUACCAUGACCGAUCAUAAUGUCAAUAUGGGCCGUAGGUCACCUCAGACUGUUGGCAAGUUUCUGUGUCAUCUUACAGAGGACCCAAAUCAAGUAGCGUUCAUGCGUAUCUAUAAACAGAUUCCUAUCACUGGAACGGAGGACGCUGAUAACGACACAUUGGCUAGACAGGCCGUUCCUCCUGGAGUGUGUGGCGAGCUAGGGGCUUUCAAACAGCUACAGAGUGAAUGCUGUAGCGCUGUUCCUCGCUUUCUUGGCCACGCAGAAAGUACACAAGGAGACCAUAAUCUUGUUCCUAAGGGCUACAUUAGAUACCUUGUGUGGGAAAAGGUGCCCGGGGAGCCGCUUACAGCGGAAUUCUUCUAG